AUGGCCGACGAUAAUGAAAGCUCUAGCUCAUUUCCCAUUGGGGAAACUGCACAAGAGAAGGGGCUGUCCUAUGUCCCAAAGUGUUACAUGAUGCCACCUUCACAACGGCCUAGUUUGAAGUCCGAAUUUGCAAAUGUCCCUCUGGUUGAUUUGGUUGGUAUUAAUGAUGAUAAUCCCUUACAGAGAUCAAUAAUCAUCCAAGACAUUGCUAAAGCUUGUCGCCACAAUGGUUUCUUUCACGUCAUCAACCACGGAAUAUCCCCGACUAUAUUAGAUGAAGCACUUUCAGCCGCCUUUGGUUUCUUCGACCUGGCUACUGAGGACAAAGAAAAACUUAUGUCGAAUGAUGUGUACAAGCCUGUUCGAUAUGGCACGAGUUUGAAGGAUGGUGAAGACAAGGUUCAAUUCUGGAGGGUCUUCCUCAAGCACUAUGCAAAUCCUCUUAUUGAUUGGAUUAAACUGUGGCCUGAAAAUCCACCAGAUUACAGGGAAAAGAUGGGGAAAUAUACAGAAGAAGUACAAAAGUUAGCCAUUAAGAUCAUGGGCAUAAUCACUGAAGGCCUAGGACUUGGUCCAACAUAUCUAAGCCAAAAUUUUCAAGAUGGAGUGAAUGUAAUUGCUGUCAAUUGUUAUCCUCCAUGUCCACAACCAGGCCUUGCACUUGGUCUCCCCCCAUAUUCAGAUUACAGUAUCCUUACAAUUGUCCUCCAGAGCUCAGUAGGAUUAGAAAUUUUGGACACACAAAAUAAUGAAUGGAGGGAAGUUCAAGAUCUUCAAGGUACACUACAAGUCCAUGUGGGUGACCAUCUUGAAGUACUAAGUAAUGGCUUGUAUAAAAGUGUGGUACACAGAGUUACUUUGAACUCUCAAAAGACAAGAAUUUCAUUUUUUCACUUUUUUUCAAAAUCAGUGUUUGACCAUAAAUAA